UCCUCCCGGGCGCCUGUCAGUCAGUCGGUCAGCGGGAGCGAGCGGUGCGCGACGGAGGAGGAGCGGCGUCCGGCCCGGAGCCGAGCGGAGCGGAGCCGCAGCGGCAGCCGCCUCGAUGGGGCCGCAGCAGUGAGCGGACAGCGGCGCCGCGCCUCGCCCCCGCCAUGGCCGACCCGGCCCCCGCCCGCAGCCUCGACGACAUCGACCUCUCCGCCCUCAGGGACCCGGCCGGCAUCUUCGAGUUGGUGGAGGUGGUCGGCAACGGCACGUACGGGCAGGUGUACAAGGGCCGCCAUGUCAAGACGGGGCAGCUGGCCGCCAUCAAGGUCAUGGACGUCACCGAGGACGAGGAGGAGGAGAUCAAGCAGGAGAUCAACAUGCUGAAGAAGUACUCGCACCACCGCAACAUCGCCACCUACUACGGGGCCUUCGUCAAGAAGAGCCCCCCUGGGAACGACGACCAGCUCUGGCUGGUGAUGGAGUUCUGUGGGGCCGGCUCCGUGACAGACCUGGUGAAGAACACCAAGGGCAACGCGCUGAAGGAGGACUGCAUCGCCUACGUGUGCCGCGAGAUCCUGCGGGGGCUGGCCCACCUGCACGCGCACAAAGUGAUCCACCGGGACAUCAAAGGCCAGAACGUGCUGCUCACCGAGAACGCCGAGGUGAAGCUAGUGGACUUUGGGGUCAGCGCCCAGCUGGACCGCACGGUGGGCCGCCGCAACACCUUCAUCGGCACCCCCUACUGGAUGGCCCCGGAAGUGAUCGCCUGCGACGAGAACCCGGACGCCACCUACGACUACCGGAGCGACAUCUGGUCCCUCGGCAUCACGGCCAUCGAGAUGGCGGAAGGAGCCCCGCCCCUCUGCGACAUGCAUCCCAUGCGGGCCCUCUUCCUGAUCCCUCGUAACCCGCCGCCCAAGCUGAAGUCCAAGAAAUGGUCCAAGAAGUUCAUCGACUUCAUCGACAACUGCCUGAUCAAGGCCUACACGAGCCGCCCGCCCACGGAGCAGCUGCUGAAGUUCCCCUUCAUCCGGGACCAGCCCACGGAGCGGCAGGUGCGCAUCCAGCUGAAGGACCACAUCGACCGCACGCGCAAGAAGAGGGGCGAGAAAGACGAGACGGAGUACGAGUACAGCGGCAGCGAGGAAGAGGACGACGGGCGCGGCGAGGAAGGGGAGCCGAGCUCCAUCAUGAACGUCCCGGGCGAGUCCACGCUGCGCAGGGAGUUCCUGCGGCUGCAGCAGGAGAACAAGAGCCACUCGGAGGCCCUGAAGCAGCAGCAGCAGCAGCUGGCCUCCCAGCAGCGCGACUCCGAGGCCCACGUCCAGCACCUGCUGCACCAGCGCCAGCGGCGCAUCGAGGAGCAGAAGGAGGAGCGGCGGCGCGUGGAAGAGCAGCAGCGCCGGGAGCGGGAGCAGCGCAAGCGGCAGGAGAAGGAGCAGCGGCGGCGCCUGGAGGACAUGCAGGUGCUGCGCCGCGAGGAGGAGCGCCGGCAGGCCGAGCGGGAGCAGGAGUACAUCAGGCACAAGCUGGAGGAGGAGCAGAGGCAGCUGGAAAUCCUGCAGCAGCAGCUCCUGCAGGAACAAGCCCUCCUGCUGGAGUACAAGCGGAAGCAGCUGGAGGAGCAGCGGCAGUCGGAGCGGCUCCAGCGGCAGCUCCAGCAGGAGCACGCCUACCUGAAGUCCCUGCAGCAGCAGCAGCAGCAGCAGCAGGAGAAGCCCCCGCGGCCCCACAACCGCAGCGCCAACCCCGCCGAGAAGCCCACCUGGGCGCGGGAGGUGGAGGAGCGCACCCGCCUGAGCAAGCAGAACGCCGCCUCGCCCGUGGCCAAGGCCAAGCCGGGCCCCGGGCCGGAGCCGGCCCCCCAGCCCCGCGCGGAGCCGGCCCCGCACGCCCCCUCCCCGGCCUCCCAGACCCCGCCCAUGCAGCGCCCCGUGGAGCCCCAGGAGGGGCAGCACAAGAGCCACCUGGCGCACCGCGUGCCGCUCAAGCCCUACGCCGCCCCCGUGCCCCGCUCCCAGUCGCUGCAGGACCAGCCCAGCAAGAACAUGGCCGCCUUCCCCGUCCAUGACGCUGCCGCCACCGCCGCCGCCACCCCGUCCCCGCCGCGGGUGGGCAUGAUCCGGCAGAACUCCGACCCCACCUCGGAGGGGCCGGCCCCACCGCCCUCCCGGCCCGCCGGAGAGCAGCGAGGACCCUGGGUCAAAAUGGAUCCCGAGCCGCCCCCCAAGGUGCCCCAGCGGACGUCCUCCAUCGCCACGGCACUCGACGCCAGCGGAGCAGCGAGCGGCGGCGCCGUCAGACCGGUCCACGCCAUCCGGGCCAGGCCCCGUAGCAAGUCGGCCUGGCAUAUCCACCUGCAGAGCCGGCUGGAGCGGGGCCCCCGGUGGGGGACCCCUUUGCCAGCCCCUCCUGCCCCCCAGCCUGCGGGCCGGACCCCGUCCCGGGAGCCGCCGGCCCCCGUGCCGAGCGCCAGUAGCAACCCCGACCUGCGGAGGAGCGACCCCGGCUGGGAACGUGCGGACGGCCUGCUGCCCUCCGGGGGGGCCCACCUGCCCCUGGCGGGGUCCCUGGAGCGCAACCGCGUGGCAGCUCCCCUCAAGCUGGACAGCCCCUCGGCCCUGCUGCAAGGGAGCAAGCCCCGGCCGGACGACCACCGCUCCCGGCCCGGCCGGCCAGCCAGCUAUAAGCGGGCCAUUGGCGAGAAUUUUGUGCUGCUGAAGGAGCGCCCAGAAGACGCGGCCCCCAAGCCCCUUAAGAAGGCCAUGGAUUACUCCUCCUCCAGUGAGGAGAUGGACUCCAGCGAGGAGGAGGAAGAGGAGGAGGAAGAGGCCGAGGGGGAGCCUGGCACUGAUGCCCCUGGGGCUCGGGACGGGGACACGGACUCGGUGAGCACGAUGGUGGUCCACGACGUGGAGGACCUGGCGGGGGGCGGCAGCGGCGGCUCCGAGAGCUCGUACGGCGAGGGCACGAUGCUGGUGCAGCGGACCCCCGAGGAGGAGCGGGGGCUCCUGCACAGCGACAGCAACGGCUACACUAACCUGCCCGACGUGGUCCAGCCCAGCCACUCGCCCACGGAGGCCAAGAGCGGCAGCGGCGCCUCCUCCCCGGUCAAGGACGCGGCCACCGACUACCAGUCUCGUGGGCUCGUCAAGGCGCCCGGCAAGAGCUCCUUCACCAUGUUUGUGGACCUGGGCAUCUACCAGAGCUCGCCGGGCGGGGGGGACACCAUCCCUGUCGCCGCGUUUGACCCGGGGCGGCUGGAGCAGCUGCAGCUCGAGGCCCGGAAGGGCUCGGUGGUCAACGUGAACCCCACCAACACGCGCCCCCACAGCGACACGCCCGAGAUCCGCAAGUACAAGAAGCGCUUCAGCUCGGAGAUCCUCUGUGCCGCGCUCUGGGGGGUCAACUUGCUGGUGGGCACGGAGAACGGGCUGAUGUUGCUGGACCGCAGCGGGCAGGGCAAGGUGUACGGGCUGAUCAGCCGCCGGCGCUUCCAGCAGAUGGACGUCCUGGAGGGCCUCAACCUGCUGACCACCAUCUCUGGGAAGAGGAACAAGCUGCGGGUGUACUACCUCUCCUGGCUGCGCAACAAGAUCCUGCGCAACGACCCCGAGGUGGAGAAGAAGCAGGGCUGGACCACGGUGGGCGACAUGGAGGGCUGCGUCCACUACCGCGUGGUGAAGUACGAGCGGAUCAAGUUCCUGGUCAUCGCGCUCAAGAGCUCCGUGGAGGUGUACGCCUGGGCGCCGAAGCCUUACCACAAGUUCAUGGCCUUCAAGUCCUUCGCUGACUUGCCGCACCGGCCGCUGCUGGUGGAGCUGACGGUGGAGGAGGGCCAGCGGCUGAAGGUGAUCUACGGCUCCUGCGCCGGCUUCCACGCCAUCGACGUCGACUCCGGGAACAACUACGACAUCUACGUCCCGGUGCACAUCCAGUCGCAGAUCACGCCGCACGCCAUCAUCUUCCUGCCGGACACGGAGGGGAUGGAGAUGCUGCUGUGCUACGAGGACGAGGGCGUCUACGUGAGCACCUUCGGCCGCAUCACCAAGGACGUGGUGCUCCAGUGGGGCGAGAUGCCCACCUCCGUCGCCUACAUCUGCUCCAACCAGAUCAUGGGCUGGGGCGAGAAGGCCAUCGAGAUCCGCUCGGUGGAGACGGGCCACCUGGACGGCGUCUUCAUGCACAAGCGGGCGCAGCGCCUCAAGUUCCUGUGCGAGCGCAACGACAAGGUGUUCUUCGCCUCGGUGCGCUCCGGCGGCAGCAGCCAGGUCUACUUCAUGACUCUGAACCGGAACUGCAUCAUGAACUGGUGAGGGGGCUCGCAGGAGGAGCGCGGACCUCGCCUCGCCCCGCCCCGCCCCCACCCACCGACCGACCCACCGACCGGCC